UUGUUCCUCCUGUGGAAAAGCGGCGGUUGGAGCGUUGUUCUUCGCUGUGCUCCCAUCCGCUGGUGGUAUCAGUCAGCGGCCAUAUGUAAUAUAAGCUCAUUCAUUCAUUUUUAGACGCACUCUUAUUCUUUUUCUUUCCUUGCACCAAGCGGCGGUUAUUUAGUGGGAAAGCCGCGGGGUUCUCUCCACUCCGUUAUCCUCUCGGACGUUUAUCGGUGUAUGCCUCGGUGAGUGUCCGUCGCAGGCUGGGUGGUGACAGCACGGCAGCACGAUGAUCGAGCGACCAGAGACUGCGGUUCCCAGCAUCGCUCAGCGGAACCUAGAGGGCUACGUGGGCUUUGCCAACCUCCCCAACCAGGUGUAUCGGAAGUCUGUCAAAAGGGGGUUCGAGUUUACAUUAAUGGUUGUAGGUGAGUCUGGUCUGGGGAAGUCGACCCUCAUCAACUCUCUGUUCCUGACUGACCUGUACUCCAAGGACUACCCCGGGCCCUCCCAGCGCAUCAAGAAGACUGUGCAGGUGGAGCAGUCCAAAGUGUUGAUCAAGGAGGGGGGGGUGCAGCUGACCCUCACCAUCGUGGAUACACCAGGGUUUGGAGAUGCAGUGGACAACAGCAACUGCUGGCAGCCAGUCAUAAACUACAUUGACAGUAAGUGCGAGGACUUCCUGAAUGCAGAGUCGAGGGUGAACCGCAGAUCCAUGCCAGACAACAGAGUGCACUGCUGCCUAUACUUCAUCGCGCCCUCUGGACACGGCCUGAAGCCGCUGGACAUCGAGUUCAUGAAGAGACUCCACGACAAAGUCAACGUCAUCCCUCUCAUUGCGAAGGCCGACACUCUGACCCCUGAGGAGUGCCAGCUUUUUAAAAAACAGAUAAUGAAAGAGAUUCAGGAGCACAAAAUCAAAAUCUAUGAAUUCCCGGACACAGAAGACGACGAGGACAACAAGCUCAUCCGAAAGAUCAAGGAGAAGAUGCCGCUGGCGGUGGUUGGCAGCAAUGUGGUGAUCGAGGUGAACGGCAAGAAGGUCAGAGGUCGCCAGUACCCAUGGGGCGUGGCAGAAGAGGGCAUUUUUGUGGAGAACGGAGAGCACUGCGACUUCACUGUGCUGCGCAACAUGCUGAUCAGGACCCAUAUGCAGGAUCUGAAGGACGUCACCAACAACGUCCACUAUGAGAACUACCGCAGUAAGAAACUUGCUGCUGUCACAUGUAACGGAGUGGACACCUCGAAGACCAAGGGACAGCUCACCAAGAGUCCCCUGGCUCAGAUGGAGGAGGAGCGCAGGGAGCAUGUGAUGAAAAUGAAGAAGAUGGAGGCAGAAAUGGAGCAGGUCUUUGAGAUGAAGGUGAAGGAGAAGAAGCAGAAACUGAAGGAUUCAGAGGCUGAGCUGGAGCGACGCCACGAGCAGAUGAAGCGUAACCUGGAGGCGCAGUACAAGGAGCUGGAGGAGAAGCGGCGAGUGUUCGAGGAGGAGAAGGCCAACUGGGAGGCUCAGCAGCGAAUCCUCGAGCAGCAGAAGCUCGACGCCUCCAAGACGAUGGAGAAGAACAAGAAGAAAGGAAAGAUCUUUUGAGGAGAGACGCGGCCGCUUGCUUCAGUUUUACAGACUCCUCUCCCUGAAUCCCCUCUGACGUUCACAUCGUAACGUGGUCCUCAGAACACACACAACAGAACAUUAAACACAUGGCAUAACAACUCUCUGUGGAAGCCAUUUACACACACACACACAAAACAGCCCACACGCUCGUCUCUCUGCAGGGUUUUACUGUAUCUCUUAAGCCUGUUUGUUUUCAUGGGGAAUGCAUGUGUUUGUGAAAUUCUAUUUUCCUAUAUUUCCUGACAAAGAGGAGAAGCCCGAGUUCCUCUGAGCUUUCAGUGCGGAGUUAACACAUGGCAGGGACCAUGCAUAACCAUUUGUACACAUGUAGUAGUCGUACGUUCGCUAGGUAUUCAUAGAUCUGCAGAUAUACCAACUCUUUCUUUUAAUGUUCGAAACUUUAACAGGCGUGGACGCGCUAACACAGUCGGACCUCCGCGAGAGUGUCAGCAGAAAGGAGAGUGUAGGUGAGUGAAGGCGAGGUCAGGUGGUCCCGAGCCCGGUCACCCCACAAAAUGGCAAAAGGUCAAAAGCUAACAUGCUUUCGAGCUAACAUGCUUGGCAGUCCGAAACUUCCUGGCACGAUUUUACCAAAUUCCUGGAUCGUUCCCGGGAGCCUUUGUUUAGCAUUCAGUGAAGAGUUUCUGGAGAUGGAAAUAAAUGGGAGACUGUUAGCAGCUGCUAGGUGCCUGCUAGCAGAGUCGUUAGCUUGUUUGAAAUGUAGCGUAACUGCAACACUUGCUAUCAGAACUUCUUUGUCUCCUGAAGGACGCUCCUGUUAAUAAAUACAUCUUUUAAAUAAAAUUUUAGUAGAAAUAUUGCUGUCACUGUUGUUUACAAUGGAACUUGUUUUCUCAUUAGCAGAUUAGCAAUAAAACUUUGUCCGGAUAAAAAUACAUUUUAUAUGAAACUGCUUUGCUAACAAAACUAUUUUUCUUUUAUUCUUAAACACUUUUAACUUUAAAUAAAACAGUAUUCUUAUUAAUUUUUUAUUUUUUUUUGCCUGGCCAAGUUUCUGUUAUUGGUAAAUUAGUGUUUGAAAAAGAAAACACAUUAGCUAACAGAACCGCUGUGUUUGAAUAUUUUUGGAGAGUUCGUUUGUUAGCAUGUACAGGUGUUGAAUAAAAUAACUUUCCAUUAGAGACAGAAAACAAGAACUAAGCUCAUAAAAUUCAUCUUAAAAAUAGAAAUUACAAAUGGUGAUAACAGUAAAUUUUCUUUGUGUCCUGUUACAUACUUUGAAUUAAACGUUAGCUUGCUAACAGAACUAGCUUUAUUAGCGAACGUCUGGUGGAUAAAACAAGUUCCUCCCGUUCUGAAUCUUUGACUAGCUCGUUUUCUUGUAGGCGCUCCACCCAACACUCGUUAUAAACACAUAUUCAUCAUUCAGAAGUUCGCAGGUGUUGUGUUUCCUGCUCUUUACGGCGACCUGCAAACAUGACGCCUGCGCUCAUUUGUGGCAUUAGACUUAAAGCUCUGUUAACAGCUGCUCAUAAAAAAAACUGCAUUUUCCAUUUUGGACUUUCUGCACCUUCAAAGUUUUAGUGUUCGGACGAGUUUCUGUCGGUCAUCUCUACAAACUCGCAUCUAAAAAUUAAAAGCGUGCCAGGUUAGUGGAUGUGGGCGGGUUCGGGCAGCAGUCGUAGGUGUUUCUAAAUGUGUCUGAGGACGUGCUCGGAUCUGAGGCCUGCAGAGUGAAGGGAGGUGCGUCGUGUGUGUCGCGCAGCCAAACUAUUGUCAGUGUGUGUGAACUUUUUUCAAUAGACGACAUUAUGCAAAAGCCUCUUUGGUGUCUGAAAACAGGUUACAGUGCUAACACAGAUGUUUUAUAUCGUGACGUGAGUGAUGGGUGUCGUCAUAGACCUGAAACCCUGAUGUCCACAUUUUUAUGACUUUUUCCUUUUGGGGACGACUCAGAAAUCUUCCUCGAACCUUCCUUUAAGAAGACGUUUGCCAAAAACUGCCAAAACUUUGUGUUUGGCUUUAUUUUAGAGGAUUAUAUAUAUUCUAUAUUAAAAAUGCUUCUGCACACAGCAACCCCCCCCCCCCCCCCGUUAAUCUGUCAAACUGAAAAUAUAAUCUUUAAUAGGCUUUUCCCAGAGUUGUCAUGUUUUAUUUUCAUAUGAUGAUGAUUAUAUUAAUAAUACUCUAUGUACGGUUGAAGAAAGACUCUUUAAUUGUAGUUUUCUUAAAUGUGUUCUUAGUUUUUCAGGCUGCAUUUAGAGCAAAAGGGACGAAGCUUACACCUUCAGCAUAUAAAAUAUUAGCCGUAUGGAUUUGUUUAUGAUGGUGAUGCAUAUAUAUUGUGUACAUACUGGAGGCUGCUCAGUGGCCCUUUAUUCUGUUUGUUUUAUUUGUUUAUUCUUUUUUAUAUAUUUGUCUGGAAUGAACCACAGUUUGUACUUAGGACAGAACUAACCAUGUAAAACUUCAUCUGAGAAACAUUUCAUCUGUAUGAACAUAUAAUCUGUGUGCAUCUAAGCCAACGCCUUCUCAGGACCCUCCCUCAUGCUUCGUUUAAUUCUGUGGUCCUACGAGCUCAGAAAGUGAGUGAAUUUUAUUUUGAAAUGUUUGGGGACCACGCCCCCCCAAUAACAUCACGUUUAGGUUUUUUUGGUAAUAUUUUCUUUUUAUAUCUACAUAUACACACUUUUCUGCUUCUCUUUGUUUUCUCAUGUGUUCUGUCUCUAACUGUACAUGGUUAAUAAAGUUGAAAAGGUUAUGCUACAGCG